AUGCCGUCGGCGGCCAAGAAGCCCUUGCGCCAGCUGCCGUUCCAAGACGCGCACGCCGUCAAGUACGCGCUGCGAGUGUCGCGACGCAGUAUCGUGGACGGCGUGCGAGAAGUCGAGUGUCGGAUGUGUCGGGCGUUCGGCCCCGAGGAAGACGACGACGCGGCGGUUGGUAGCAAGAGGAAGCUGCAGCCGGACGUCAAGAGCUGGGCGGGGCCGCUCUUCCGGACGGACUAUUUCAUGCGCCACUUGAAGGCUCAGCACGAAGUGCACUGGGCCAUCUACCAGACGCUCGAGUCCGAGGAGGAGAAGGACAAGUACCUUCGAGAGGAGGAAGAUGAGGAAGUUCCUUUCAACGACGAGGAGAAAGUUGUCAGCUUCGAUGAGACCGACGCCGGCCAAGAGUCGUUUGCCGCUGCGCUUGAGCGGGAGACCCAAUCGGGUCGAGAGAAGCUGCUGGCCACCAUCUCGGAGAUCAUGGCCAACCAGCGCAAGAGCGCGGAGGCACUGCAGACCAUGAUGGCGGGUAUCCAGGCGGACUACGUCAGUCUGCGUCAGCGGGAGUUGGAGAUCCGCGAGCGCGAGUUGAAGUGCUUGGAGGCGGAGCGCCGCGAGCGUCAGGAAGAUCGCAAAGUGAACCGCGAGUUUCUGGCUCUGCUGAAGGCCAAACAAGCUGAUUGAGCCCGCGCCCAAAGUGGAUGGAGUCGAUCGUACAGCUGGGUGUAGCUCUCAAGCUGAAGUUGUACCGCAGAGAUGCUACCAACAUGAAGAGAAGAAGAUAAGUUCCAGAGGUUUUGUUAGUGGAAAGAAUUAAUGCAUUGGCGAGCAAGUGA